CACACAGAAACCAAGCCCUCAACAGUAGAGUGAGUCUCCCAGCUGCUGAAAGGCAGCCCGUGGCCAGACACAAUCUUUUAUGGGGUUGCUUUGGCUUCUUUCUUUCCUUCAUUCUUCUCUCUUUGGGAAUGAGGUGUUGGAAGAGCUCAGGAUGUCUGGCUCUACAUCUUCCUACGAUCAUCUGGUGAAACAAGUUGAGGCACUUAGAAAGGAGAAUUCUCACCUACGACGAGAGUUGGAGGACAACUCCUGCCACCUAUCGAAGCUUGAGACAGAGACCUUGGAUAUGAAGGAAAUGUUAAAGCAGCUCCAGACCAAGCUGGAGCAAGAAGCUUGCAACUUAGCGUCGACUGGAAGGAUCGAAAUUCUGGACCAGCUGAAAGAGUUGAAUACGGAUGUUGCCAAAUUAUGUGACAUAAAAUGGCAAUCAAACAUGGUGUGCUCGGGACUGGAUCAGCAUGCACUGGAGCCACCAACUGAGAGAAAACAAACGCACCCUGGUGGAAUAGCACUGGAGCAGGAUUCUUUGUCAGUGGCAAGUGGAAGUGUGGAGCACCUAGAGGAACUUAAUGAAGAAAGGGCUCUGCUCCUUUCUGAGAUUGAAAAGGAAGAGAAAGAGAAAGCCUUUUAUUGUACUCAGAUCCAGAAUCUUGGCAGACAGGCAGAUGAACUCUCACAAAUCAAGACUGUUUCAAAGCACAUGGAUUUGAUUCGGCAGCAGUUACAGUACGAAGCUCAUCAAAUCAAAGCCAUUAUUGAGGAGAGGUAUGGGACGAGUGAAGAUGUGACAGAACGAGUCCAGAUGCGAAUGAACCGGAUCCAACAAAUUGAAAAGGAAAUUCUUCAGUUCCAGCAGAAAGCGCAUCAGAAAGAGACAGAGUGUUGUGGAAAAUCAAAUGAUCAAGGCACAGAGAGCACAAUGAAUAAUUUACCUCAAGGACUGAACAACUUGGGCAGUAAGGUGGAGAUGGUGUUCUGGCUGCUGUCCAUGCUAGCAACCCGUGACAAGGAGGAUAUGUCAAGGACGUUGCUCGCCAUGUCCAGCUCCCAGGACAGCUGUGUUGCCAUGCGCAAGUCUGGUUGCCUGCCGCUGCUCAUUCAGCUCCUGCACGACAGUGAGAGGGACUCAGGACCGAGCAGGAACUCCAGCAACAGCAAGGAGGCCCGAGCCCGUGCCAGCGCGGCACUGCACAACAUCAUAUACUCCCAGCCCGAUGAAGGGCAGGCCAAGAGAGAAAUGCGUGUCCUGCAUGUGCUGGAACAAGUGCGCUUGUACUGCGAAACUUGCUGGGAAUGGUUGGACACAAACAGACAAAACAAUGGAGUUGAAUCUAACAACCUGCCACUGCCUAUUGAGCCCCAGAUUUGCCAAGCAAUGUGUGCGAUAAUGAAGCUGUCCUUCGAUGAAGAAUACCGACGUGCCAUGAAUGAACUUGGAGGUUUGCAGGCAGUUGCUGAGCUGCUUCAGGUUGAUUGUGACAUGUAUGGCCCGACCAAUGAUCCCCUGAAUUCAGCCCUGCGCCGUUACGCAGGCAUGGCGUUAACUAACCUCACCUUCGGAGACGUCGUCAACAAAGCUACCCUGUGCUCCAGAAAAGGCUGCAUGCAAAGUAUUGUGGCCCAGUUAGAGUCUGAAAGUGAAGACAUCCAUCAGGUUGUGGCUAGCAUUCUGAGGAAUCUUUCAUGGAGAGCUGAUGUCAACAGCAAGAGGAUUCUACGGGAAGUCAGAAGUGUAAGCGCAUUGAUGCAAUGUGCUCUGAAGGCUAAAAAGGAGUCGACACUGAAAAGCCUGCUGAGUGCACUUUGGAAUCUGUCAGCACACAGCACAGAGAACAAGGUGGCCAUCUGCUCUGUUGAAGGGGCACUGGUCUUCCUUGUGGGAACCCUGACCUACAAGUGUCAGAGUAAUUCACUCGCCAUCAUUGAGAGCGGAGGAGGCAUUCUGCGAAAUGUUUCCAGUCUCAUUGCAACAAAUGAGGAGUACAGGCAAAUUCUCCGUGACUACAAUUGCCUGCAGACCUUGUUGCAACAUCUGAAGUCCCAUAGUUUGACUAUUGUCAGCAAUGCUUGCGGAACCUUGUGGAAUCUCUCAGCUCGCAGCUCAAAGGAUCAGGAACUACUGUGGGACCUGGGGGCCAUUAGCAUGUUGAGGAACCUGAUUCAUUCCAAACACAAGAUGAUAGCAAUGGGGAGUGCAGCUGCCCUGAGGAACCUUUUGACCAACCGGCCAGCCAAAUACAAAGACACCAGCAUGGUGUCCCCAGGUUCCUGCAUGCCUUCUCUAUACAUGAGGAAGCAGAAAGCCCUGGAGGCUGAACUGGAUGCUAAACAUUUAACAGAGACAUUUGACGGCAUUGAAAAACUGAGCCCCAAGCAUCCAAAUAUCAACAAACCCCUCAGGCACAUUGAAAACCUAGCUAAAGAUUAUGCUUCGGACUCUGGCUGCUUUGAUGAUGAUGAAGGUCCAAAUAUAUCGACUGGAUUAGAAACUGGAGGCUUAAGUGUGCUCUCCAUGUACCUGAACUCUUCCUUUCUUCAAGGACAAGGCAUGUCCAGGUGUCGCAGUAGUGGAAGAUGCUCAGAAUCAGAUAAAGAUCUUGACGGAAAUCUUCAAAAAUUCAACCCUGCCACUGAUAAUGUGUCUGUCGCAGCUGAGAGGUUGGUAAAUCAAAUCUCCACAACAGUAGCCAGAAUUGACAAAAUAGUGGAAGAUAUGUCUAACAUGCACACAUCCUCGGAAGACAGUUUCAGUCUUAGUUCUGAAGAUCAAUGCAUCGACUGGCAGUGUGCAUUAGAUGACUUGAAUGAAACCAGGACAAAGUCUUCAUCACCCUGUAAUCUUACUGAUGUUGCUACUUCAGGCAAACGUGAAUAUCAUAGCAAAGUUCAUACCCUUUUGGGUGCACGAACAGACUACACAAACUUGUCAAGUGAUAGUCUAGAUGGUGUUAAUAACACCGCCGAAUGUGACACUAAUCCAGUGAAGGAAUCCUCAGUUACAGACCAAAAAGGUGAGCAUCCUAUGUAUCAGAAAAGGCCGACCAACUUGGACUUAAAGAGUGGGGAGAAAAAUCAGCUAGAUGGAAAAGAUUCUGAUGGACAAUUGAGUUCCAGGGAGUCUAAACCUACAUUGAAUGAAGCUUGGGGUAUAAGAAAACCUGAUGAAAUAAGUAAGAAACGAUUUUCACCUUUUUACGAAAAGAUCCACGUGACAUCAGUCACAACAGGAAGCAGUCAGAGUCCGAGUCCAGGACAUUCUCUGACACCUCAGAGUUUGAGUGGCAGAAAGCAAGCAUGGGUCCAUUCUGGAUAUUCACAGAGUAGCAGAAAUGUAAACCAAGGUCCCUCGAGCACAUCUACUUCCACUCCAAUUUCCAAUGACCAGGAAACUUUACAAACCUAUUGUGUGGAAGACACCCCUAUUUGCUUCUCAAGAUGUAGUUCACUGUCAUCCCUCUCGUCUGCGGAAAAUAUAUCGGAUGUCCAAAUCGGUAGUGAAAAUGAGGUUGAUAGUGACUCUUCUCUGGAAAUCAUUGGUGUAGAAAAAGAAUCACCACUGCCUGUUGAGAAGACAAUAACUGAUGAGUCUUUUUCCUCAGAGGAAAUACGGAUCAAGUCCAGUGAUCAUUCAUUUAGCAGUGCAUCUCAACCUAUAGAAAUACCUUGCCCAAAGCAUGAAAAGUUUCUGAUAAGGAAAAAGUUACCUUCGAGGAAUAUGGACUCCAGUCCAUCAAGUCCAUCAGAAAACUACUUGCAAGAAACCCCAUUAGUCUUAAGCAGAUGCAGUUCAGUCAGUUCACUUGGAAGUUUUGAAAGCCCAUCAAUUGUAAGUUCCAUUCAAAGCGACCCUUGCAGUGAAAUGAUAAGUGGUACCAUCAGUCCCAGUGACUUGCCUGACAGCCCUGGUCAAACCAUGCCCCCAAGCAGAAGUAAAACACCGUUGCUUGACCAGCUAGAAAAAGAUGCCAGUCAAGGCAAUAACCAUUGGGAUGGUGAUAUGAAAAAACACAUGGAUAUCAAUGAUUUUAAGGAACGGUUUCACCUCCCUCCAGAUAUUGACACUAUGCUGUAUUUCACCUUAGAGAAACCCAAUGAAAACUUUUCAUGCGCUUCAAGUCUGAGUGCCCUCACCCUUCAUGAGCCAUAUAUUCAGAAGGAUAUUGAGUUAAAGUUAAUGCCACUGCUACAAGAGAAGAGUUGUUUUAAUUGCCGUGCACAAGGAGAAGACAUCAGAGAGGAACGGAAUGGAGAUGGAAUGGAAAAAGUUGAUAAGCUUGAUAGUAUCCUGGAAAACUCUGAUGACGACAUCGAAAUCCUGAAAGAAUGCAUCAAUUCCGCAAUGCCAACCAAAUUCAGGAAAGUGAAAACCUCUGCUAUAUCUGGUUUGCCCACUCAGGUACUGCAAUCUAAAAAGCCUCUCCAGCUGCCUAUUUACAUGCUACUGCCAGCACACUCUCAGGUAGAGACAUCUGGGCACAGCACCUCAAAAAAUGAUACUUUUAAAGAAGAUUCCUCAUACUCUGAUUCUGUUGAUGGAACCCCGGUGAAUUUUUCCAGUUCAGCCUCACUCAGCGAUGAGACCUUAGAAUAUCCUCAGAAAGAAUCACCCAAAUUGAUAAACAAUAAGGCUGAAGUGAUUGAGAGGAGAGAGUUACUCCCUGCAGAAGGGCAAAAUGCUGAUGACUUAGAGGUGCCUAUAGCUGUAAGGAUGCACGAUAGAAGUCUCGAGCAGGGAAAUAAAUACAACUUGAAUGUCAAUAAUUCAAAGCUGGGAGCUCAAUCGCAUUCGCUUAAUCUCAACCAGAGGGAAGUUUUGAAAAGGAAUCAGAAUUCUCUGCCACCACAGUCAUACCAAGGCCAGAAUAGCCAUGUUUUCCAACCAGGUGGGAUUGCAAAAAGCUUAAGGAAGGAUCAAACUACAUCCAGACAUGUGCUGGAGUUGGACACAAAGAAAAGCAAUUGUAAGAGGUCAGAAGAAGGACAGCAAAGAAUGGACGUUCCUUGUGCCGAAUAUAUUCAUGGAAGCUAUGCAUUCCAAUCUAUGCGACACACUACACCUACUGAGGAAGCUGUUUAUUGCUUUUACGAAAAUGACUCUCUAGAUAUGCUUACUGUUGCAAAAGAUACAGUGAAACCGAAAACUGAAGUAAAAAAUGACUAUGAGGAAAAAAUCAUCAACCAAAAUGGAGCAGUGAAAGUUGAACCAGAUCAGAGCCAUAAAGCGAUCACAAAGCUCCGAACUGCCAGUUUGGCUAGUAAAACUGAACGAAAUAUAACCAAUGAAAGUCCUCUUUGCUUUUCCCUUAGUUCUUCAUUAAGUUCACUGAGCGACAUAGAAUUAGAGGACACCCAAGUGAAAACACGGAAAGCAUUUGUAAAAUCACGGAAAAAGUCUCAAAUCUCUACAGCUUCAAAAUCUUUUAAUAAUGGAUGCUCAUCUCUAUCAGCAAGACGGGAUAGUUCACCCAGUUCGUUGAGCUAUGAUUCAGAAGAUGAUCUUUUACAGAAAUGCAUCAGCUCAGCAAUGCCAAAGAAGAGGAAACAUUCUUCAAAGCGAAAGUCUGAGAGGUCUGCAAAGCAAAACAUGAAGGGUAAUGUGCAAAACAACACUGGGAGGAAUAUGGCUUAUGAUGUGGACCACAGGAAGGAUGCAAGCCGAGAUGUUUAUAGCUCACUGUCAGAUUUAACGUCUCCUGAUCUGGAAAGUAUAGAGUGGAAAGCUAUUCAGGAAGGUGCCAACUCAAUAGUCACCAGCUUGCACCAGGCUGCAGCCUGCCUUUCGAGAGAACCCUCCUCUGAAUCUGAUUCCAUUUUAUCAUUUGUGUCAGGAUUGUCCAUUGGAUCGACACUGCAUUUCACUCUGGAGCGGAAAGAUAAGAAAAAGACUCUGAAAGAACAAACACGCAGUGUUGAGGGUGCAGAAGGUGCUUCUAAAGAAGGAAGGAAACUGAAUGAAAAUAAUAAGGCAGCUGGAAGUAAAGUUUCUGUUGCCAAUAAAUUUUCCAAUGCACCUAAACCGCCAUCUCGGGCUGUGAGCUUACCUGUGGUCUUUCGAGGAAGGACUGUGAUCUACAUGCCUGACAUGUGGAAGAAGUCCGCAAUUGCUAGUCCUGCUUCAAAGAAAGCAGCACCUAAAAAUACUGCAGCUUCCAAAAAUUCCAACCAGACAUUUAGGUCUCGAAGCUUGCACAGGCCUGGAAAUAUGACAGAAAAGGUUGACAGUAGCUUACCAAAAAGAAGCGUGACUCCACCAGCAAGAAUGGCAAGAGGUCCUUCAAGGAAUUCCACACCAUCUAGACAGAUCCCAAAGAAUGCUACACCAUCUGUGCAGUCUAAUAGGCAAGGGAUGCCGCAUGCAACAAAACCCAGUAUCAACAAGCUUGAUCAGAAAUCAAGACCUCAAGCAGGUUCUACACCAUCUACUCCAAAUAUCAAAUCUCCAGUCUCAGGGAAACAGUCUCGCAAAUCCCCAGCCCAACCACCAAACAUUCAGACACCAACUAAACAGGGAACUCCCGCAAAGAAGAUGCCCUCUUUUCAAAGGAAUGAAUCUUUUGGACCGAAUAAGAGUCAAGGUUCUAAGAAGGUUAUGCCACCAAACAGACUGGACCUGGUGAGAAUGUCAUCAACAAAAUCAAGUGGCAGUGAAUCUGAUAAGUCCAGCUUUGUGCGACAGCUGACCUUUAUCAAAGAGUCCUCAAGCCUUCUCAUGAGGCAGAAAUCUGAAGCUUCUUCAUCUGAAUCAGUCUCGUCAUUGUCUCAGUCUGUGUCACCAAGAAGAAGCAAGUCAGAUUUUCAGAAGGCCUUCAUACGUUCUUCUCAAUGCCAAGAGUUAAGAGUUGGUAAAACAGCAUCCAACCUGAAUAUAAGUCAACGAAAAGCCAUGUGCAACGAGGAUGAACUCCGAACCGAGAAGCUUUCAAGAAGGCCAAGUUCAGAGAGCCCCUCAAGGCUCCCGGUGAAAAACAGUGCCGCCUGGAAACAGGAUAAUUUUAAACGCUAUUCAUCCUCUCCGCACAUAAAUGUAUUACAGCAGGCAGGAAGCCCAUCCUCCAUUCGCUCAGCUUCAUCAGAAUCUAGUGACAAGACAAAAAGUGAAGAAGAGCCUCGAACUAAACAACAGCUUGCAAACCAAAAAGAACAACAGAUGAAAAAGAAUCAGCCAAGUUUAAAAGGAACGUGGAGAAGAAUCAAAGAUGAAGACAUUCCCUAUUUUCUUAGCAACUCUCUUCCACCUUCAGCAAUGGCAUUGGUAAAUAAAUCAGAGUCUGAACAGCAGUUGAACAAAGUGGGGACUGUGGAAACUAAAACCAGUGAUGCUUUUGUGCAAACUGAAGACUUCCCCAUCACAAAAACAAAUUCAAGCACAUCGCCUACACUUGACCUAAUUCCUCACAUUGCACAGGCUAUUCCAAGGAAUGCCAUGAGCAGAUCAUUUAUAGGGAAAAAUACCGAGACAGCAUAUGGGGUCUAUUCAGACAAUGAACAGGAACCUGAAACGAUAAUGCAGAUGAGGAACAAUAUGACCGUUUCAGCUGAGACUGAAAACUAUACGAAUGUCCCAGGACAUAUGCAUUUCAAUUCAAGUAGACAUGGUUCUCCAAGCAGAGCAGCUCGAGUGACCCCUUUCAACUACAUACCUAGCCCCAAGACAAUAAGAUCAGACAGUGGAUCUCUCCAACCGCCCCAGAUACGAGCACCUAUUAUUAAUGAGAAGACAGUGGGAAAAGUGCAAAGCUGAAAGUCACCUUGAUCAGUAGACUACUUGACCUUAAGUACUUUAUUGCUUUGCAGUUUUCAUUUGAGUGAUACAAUCUAUGGAAGAUGUGUUCAUUCAUAAAUGUGCCUCAGUCACAGUCUUAAUUGGGGUACAAAUUGCAUGCGUCAUUUAAUUUAGUUCUACUACCAUCCAUCUGAUUAUGAGACUAUCUUUUUAAUUAAGACACAAUAAGGUGAGGUACUUCCUGCAAAGACACUUAAUAUCAACAAUGUUAAUGCACAUGUUUAUAUGUAUGAGCUGACCAUAACAAAUGGUGAUACAGAGCCAUAGACAAUUCUCACAUAUAAAUACAGGAUUAUUCCAAUGAGACGUGAGUGACUAAUGGUAACAUUCAAACUUUAUGAGUUUGUGUUUGGUUUCUGUUUGGUCAGUUAUUUGGCAGGUUUUAGUUGAACAAAAAGUAUUUGGCUGGUUAAUGCAUCUGGCAAAUCAGAGAUGCUGAGACAGUUAAGUUUGUGCUGAGAUUCUACUGGAUCUAAGCUGAUAUUUAUAAAACUGAUUAUUAAUUCAGCAAUGGUUGCCAUUUCAAUGAAUAUCUCAACUUACAAAGACAGCUACAAUGUGUGACAAUAAUAGGCUUGUUUCUCAGUUUAGACACUUGGUCCAAUAAUAAUGAAGUUAGGCUAUGUAACCUGAAUCAAGGCAUUCAAUUAUGUGUACUACAAUUCCUGGAAUAUUGAGUAAUGUAUUAAUGCUCCCCAUCCUGCUCACUAAUAUGUCCCAUUAGUAUGCACAGUCACACAGUUUAAAUGGAAAGAGGGAGAGCAGACGGUGUAAUUUUGUUUUCCACUGGAGGUCAAACACUGGCCUUUUGUUUUACAAAACAGUGUUUUCUGAAUGACCAAUGUAAACUAAAGAUAAAAGCAAGCAGGCAGACUGAAACACUUCACUCAUAGUUCAUUCCUAGGUUACAAGUCAAAUUUAAAAUUAAGGGGUAUCUUGUGUUGUAGUGGUAAUGUCUCUACCUCUGGGCCCCUGAAAGUCUGGGCUCACAUCCUACAUGCCUCAGACGUAGCCAAAAGAUUGAUUAAAAGUAAUUUAGGAGAGGGAAUUUCUGUUAGAUGGGAGCUUACAAUAAAAAAAAGGGUUUUGAAAGGGUAGUGUCAUGUUCUAAGCGAACUUGCUUCAGUUUCUUAAUACAAAUUUCAUCUUUAGGAUUUAUAAUUCAAAAUGUUGUAGGUAAAGCUUCCCUUUUUGUUUGAUGUUACAUUUUUAAAAAUUUAAAUCUUUUUGGAGAAAUUCUUAAUAGAUUAGAUUUUUUGCUAGUUCUGACAUUGUGCUAGCAAUGCUGUUGGCUGCGUUUUUAACAACUAUUAGAAUCGAUAAAUACUGAAGUUUAAUUUUCAGAAUUGUUAUCAUCUAAAAAUGCACUUAAAUAACUCAGUGGUUCAGGGAGAUAUGCACAGUGGUAACUCUUGAACUGUGCGAGAAUAAAUAUAGGGAAUAGAUUGUGUGUUGAGGAACUCAAGGCAACUUAAACACAUAAAUAAAAAGUAGGCCAUACCUCCAGUGCUUCAUCCAGAGGCUCACUGAUAAUGUUACCUAGUA